ACACACGGGAGGAGGCAUGCAAACCUGGUAAGACUGUUUCAUUCUCACCUGUGAGUGGUGUAGCCUGUGCGUUACACUGAUACACGAGGGACAUGUGAGCGCCGGGAAGGCUGCUGGAGGGGGUGCAGACCCUGGCUCCUGGAAACUGUGGAAAGGCAGAGAGAAGCGGAGACCCGUCGCUGAAAGACGCACAGGAGCCAAGGUUUGGAGUCCGUUCCUCGGUGAGCAAGGAGCGCAGCGUCGCUCGGGGCGCGCGAAGUCAGACCGCAGGAGUCGGGCGGGCGGGCGGCGCGGGUUCUGCAGUUGGACGUGCAGCACCCGGCAAGGGAAGGAAGGCCCACGGGAGAGUCGUUACUAAGACCUGGACGAGGACAGGCUUCAGCACCCGCAGGAGGAGACAGGGGCCGAGAGGGCGCCGCGGAGCGCCAGGGGGCGGAGUCGGGCCCGCCCCGCGGACUCACACACCCAACCAGCGACGAGCCGCCCCGACCGCGGGACACGCCCCCGCCCCUUCCCGACAGCCCCCGGAACCUAGCUCCCUCCGGCGCCUGCGCAGCCCUGAGGCCCCGCCCCCUCGCCCUCCCGCCUGGCCCUCCGGCGGCCAACAUGGCGGCUCCCUGUGUGUCCUGCUACGCCGCACUUUCCUGCCGACUCUUUCUCGGAGGUAGGGUUAGCCUCUCCCAGAAACAAGGCGUCUGGAAAGCCGCAGCUGCGGAGUUGCAGACAGGUACCGGAUCUCAGAUAUUAAGGCUAAGGCACACCACAGGUGUAUCAACAAAGAAAAAUGUUGCAGCCUUAAGACGUGAAACUUACACAGUGGAUUUUAUUAAAAAGCAGAUUGAAGAGUUCAACAUAGGAAAGAGACAUUUAGCCAACAUGAUGGGAGAAGAUCCAGAAACUUUUACGCAAGAGGAUAUUGACAAAGCUAUUGCUUACCUUUUUCCAAGUGGUUUGUUUGAGAAGCAAGCCAGGCCAAUAAUGAAGCAUCCUGAACAGAUUUUUCCAAAACAAAGAGCAAUCCAAUGGGGAGAAGAUGGCCGUCCAUUUCAUUUUCUCUUUUAUACUGGCAAACAGGCGUAUUAUUCAUUAAUGCAUGAAGCAUAUGGAAAGCUACUAGAAGUAGAAAAACGUCAGAAUCAGUUGCAAGCCAAAGGUCUAUUUUCAGAAAAAACUAAAACCAAAGACCUGAUUGACAGCAGAUGGCUGAUUAAGGAGGAACUAGAAGAAAUGUUAGUGGAAAAACUGUCAGAUCAAGAUUAUGCACAGUUUAUUCGGCUGCUAGAAAGGUUAUUGACACUGCACUGUGGUUCUGAAGAAGAAUUUGUGCAGAGAUUUCGUAGGAGUGUAACUAUUCAAUCAAAAAAACAACUGAUUGAACCUGUGCAGUAUGACGAGCAAGGAAUGGCCUUCAGCACCAGCGAAGGUAAAAGAAAGAGUGCAAAAGCAGAAGCAAUUGUUUAUGGGCAUGGAAGUGGAAGAAUAAAAGUAAAUGGAAUUGACUAUCUUCUUUACUUCCCAGUGACACAAGACCGAGAACAGUUGAUGUUCCCCUUCCACUUCCUCGACCGGCUUGGAAAACAUGACACGACCUGUACUGUCUCGGGGGGCGGGCGGUCGUCGCAGGCUGGAGCCAUUCGCUUGGCAGUGGCGAGAGCCUUGUGCAGUUUCGUCACGGAGGAAGAGGUUGAGUGGAUGAGACAAGCUGGACUGCUGACUGCCGAUCCACGCGUCAAAGAACGGAAGAAGCCAGGCCAAGAGGGAGCCCGCAGAAAGUUUACCUGGAAGAAGCGCUGAGUGUUCUUUCACAGGCGAGGAGAGGAAACGCAGUGUAUAUGUACCUGGCAUGCAGAAAGCAUACAAUAAAUAUUUGCUGGCCAGUGUAAGGGCAGCACCAUCAGGCA